GGGGCCAUGGCGGAGACGGACGCGGACAGGCCCGAGGCGUCCGGGCCCGAGGCCGACGACACCCUGCCGCCCAGGCCGCCCAGGCCGCCCGGGGCCGAGCCGGACGAGCCGCCACCGCCGGCGGAGGCGUCGCGGGAGGAGCCGGAGCCCGCGCCCGAGAAGCCGCAGUCGCUUCCCCGGGGCGGCGGCGGCGGAGGCCGCGGCUCCAACGGCCUGAAAAUGGAAGCUGAGGAAUUGACAAAAGAGGGGAAGAGUGACUUAAAGGAAAAGUCUUCAGGAAGCAAGAAGGCAAAUAGAUUUCAUCCAUACUCCAAGGACAAGAAUGCAAGCUCCGGAGAAAGGAAGGGGCCCAGUCGAAACCGAGUCUUCAUCAGCAACAUCCCAUAUGACAUGAAGUGGCAAGCCAUCAAAGACCUCAUGAGAGAGAAAGUUGGUGAGGUUGCAUACGUGGAGCUGUUUAAGGAUGCUGAAGGACAAUCCAGGGGUUGUGGCGUGGUCGAGUUCAGAGAUGGAGAAUUUGUAAAGAAAGCACUGGAAACCAUGAACAAAUACGACCUUAGCGGAAGACCUUUGAACAUCAAAGAGGACCCCGAUGGCGAGAAUGCUCGCAGGGCACUGCAUCGCCCAGGAGGAUCUCUUCCGGCUGGACACGGCCCCGAAAUGGGACCAGGGCUGACAAGUUUGCCACCUUCCAUUCUCAAUAAUCCAAACGUUCCUCUUGAGGUGCUCAGUAAUUUGCAGUCUGGUAGACUUGGGUCCACAGUUUUUGUGGCUAACCUGGACUUCAAAGUUGGCUGGAAGAAGCUAAAGGAGGUGUUCAGCAUAGCUGGCUCAGUAAAGCGGGCAGAUGUUAAAGAAGACAAAGAUGGCAAGAGCCGAGGAAUGGGGACAGUCACUUUUGAACAAGCAAUUGAAGCUGUGCAAGCAAUCUCUAUGUUCAAUGGACAGUUUUUAUUUGAUAGACCCAUGCAUGUGAAAAUGGACGACAAGUCAGUGCCUCAUGAUGACUACCGCUCGCAUGACUCUAAGACUCAGCAGUUACCCCGUGGACUGGGCGGCAUUGGCAUGGGCCUUGGGCCCGGAGGACAGCCCAUCAGUGCCAGCCAGUUGAACCUGGGCAGUGGUGGAAUGGGGAGUGUCGGGCCCACAGGACUGGGAAUGGACGGGCCGGGAUUUGGAGGAAUGACUAGAAUGGGAGGAGGAGGAGUCGGUGGGUUUGGAAUAGAAGCCACAAACAGCAUGGGCGGAUUUGGGGGUGCAAGCAUUGGCCGGAUGGGAGGGAUGGGCUCCCUAGAUGACUUCCGAGGGACCGGACUGAGCAGUGGGCUGGGCCCAGGCCCGGGUCUGGCGGCCAUGGGAGCGGGAGUGGGCAGCAGUGGUGAACUUUACCGCAGUGGGCUGGGCGGCAGCAUGGACAGAGACUUUGGCCGUGGUGAGAUCAGCAUGAGCCGCAGCUUCGGAGACGCUUUUGGAAGACUGGAUGAGCCAAUGCCCCGACGUUUCUCUCCAGGCACUGGGAUGAGUGGGCUGAGCAGCACCAGUGGAAGUCUGGGCCUGGAGCGGAUGGGCAGCGUUCCGGAGCGGUUGGGCCCUGGCCUGGGGCUGGGCCCUGGCCUGGGCCCUGGCCUGGGGCUGGGCCCAGUCCUGGAAAGAAGCAGUGACAUGGAGCGUGGAUUCCCCUGGGGCCCAGUGGGAAGCGGGAUGCGUGAGCGAAUGAGCGCCAAAGGCCACCAGAUAUUUGUGCGCAACCUUCCCUUCGACCUGACCUGGCAGAAACUGAAAGAGAAAUUCAGUCAAUGUGGUCACGUCAUGUUUGCAGAAAUCAAAAUGGAGAACGGAAAGUCAAAAGGCUGUGGGACAGUCCGAUUUGACUCCCCGGAAUCAGCCGAAAAGGCGUGUCGCGUAAUGAACGGUAUCAAAAUCAGUGGCAGGGAGAUUGACGUGCGAUUGGACCGUAACGCCUAAUGGGCAACUCUGUGGGCGGAGACAUGCCUGCGCCUGGCUAGCACCUCCUUCCCCUUCCGUCCUGUUAGUACCCUCUUGUGUGUUCCAAGCAUCCAAAACAAACUGUGGAGUCCCCAGGGUCUUCCCCCUCCCCCUGCCCCAUCCCAGGGUGGGGUUCAAGACCCCAUGCUGCUGGCCCCCUCCCCACCCCCUGCUACAGUUGGGUUGUGAAAGAUGGGGGCUCUGGUCAUUCAGUUUCAAUGAAUGGUUCUACUGUUUUUAAUAAAACAAGCCGCCUCCGCCUCGUUCCUUUCAUUCUCCACAGGCACAUUUGUUUAGUGUUCAAAUGCCCCAACUGGUCCCGAUUGCCGGGAGGGUUCAAAGCAGAUGACUUUCCAGAAGCGGCAUUUUCUCUAGGCAUGGCCCUCCCACCUCGUACCCCGCCUGGAGAAGAAAGGGCUCGGCCCAAACGGGCCGGGACUCAGCAUUCCUUACGACGACUCCUAGGCCAUGCUGUAGCCUUUCUGUAAAAAAGAGCUGGAACCCAACCAAGGGAGCUUGGGACACUUUUAUUUGAUGCCACACCAAAGUGGGGUCCCCUCCCCACCUGGCGGGGUUUCCCUCUGGAGUCAGGGCCCAACAGGGCUCUCAGGGUCCGCAGCCCCGGGCCCCGCUGUCUCCAAUGACCCCCAGCUCGUGCAGGACGGCUAAUGUAGCGAAUGCCACGUACAACCCCAGGCAAACCCCGCCCAGCUUCCGGUCCAGCCUCCAGCCAUUCAAGUGGACGGCCAGGAGCAGGAGGGCCACGGACAGCAGCAGGGCCAAGGCCGUGUAGGUCAGCCCACUGCUGUUCACCUGGACGGGUGCCCCCGGAAGGACGAACGCGGUCUGGAUGAACCACGGCAGCCCCAGACACAGCACGUCAAACACGUUGGAGCCCACGAUGUUCGCCAGAGCCAUGUUUCCUUUCCCUGCAAAAGAGAGCAUGUGGUUGUUGUUGUUCCUCCUGCUGCUGCUAUGAUGUGCUUAGAAUCUAAGCAAGGCGAGCCUUCCCUGUGAGCCACUUCCCACCCUACACUGGAUCAAUUUGCUCUGUUUCUGUUACAAAACAUGGUGGUAGAGCAGAAUUCUUAUUGAAUUUGUAUUUGCUCAUUUGUUUUUUUUUUUGGUUAGUGUUUAAAGCCUUAACAUUUAUUUAUCAAAUAGUA